AUCUUCGCGCUCCAAAGGCGGAUGAGACCUAAAGCAAGGCGUCUUCUUCCCCGACAGAAAUGGCAUUUUCUCCGUGCUCCUCCGUUCCUGCAGUUGCUGCGAUAACGUGUUUGAUUGCGGUGGUUGUUGGUUGUUAUUGGCCCGUUGAGGCCCGUAUCCCGACCACCUUGGACGGCCCGUUCCAGCCCCUCACCGUCCCAUUUGAUCCCAGCUUGCGCGGCAACGCCGUCGAUUUGCCUGAUGAUGAUCACCGGGUCCGUCGCCGGGUUAAAGGGUUUGAGCCCGAGCAGAUUUCCGUCUCCCUCUCCGCCGAUUACGACUCCGUUUGGAUCUCCUGGAUAACAGGGGAGUAUCAGAUUGGAGACAACAUAAUGCCAUUGGACCCCAAAAGUGUGCAAAGCGUUGUUCAAUAUGGGAAGCUGGGGUAUCCACCAACAAAUGAAGCCUCAGGAUAUUCUCUUGUUUACAAUCAGCUCUACCCUUUUGAAGGCCUCCAAAAUUACACUUCCGGAAUCAUCCACCAUGUUCGUCUCACAGGGUUGAAACCGAAUACAGUGUAUUUUUAUCAAUGCGGGGAUCCUUCUAUACCUUCAAUGAGUGAAAUCCACCAUUUCAGGACCAUGCCAGUUACUGGUCCUCGGAGCUACCCGGAGAGAAUAGCAGUUGUGGGAGACCUUGGCCUUACUUACAACACAACUGCCACAAUAAGUCACUUGACAAGUAACAACCCUGAUCUUGUUCUAUUGAUUGGUGAUGUUACAUAUGCAAACCUCUACCUGACAAAUGGAACUGGAUCUGACUGUUAUUCUUGCUCAUUUCCAAACUCUCCGAUACAUGAGACCUAUCAGCCUAGAUGGGAUUACUGGGGAAGGUAUAUGCAGAGUUUAGUUUCCAAAGUUCCAAUAAUGGUGGUCGAAGGGAACCAUGAAAUAGAAGAACAGGCUGAAAAUAAGACAUUUGAGGCUUAUAGCUCUCGGUUUGCAUUCCCAUCUGAAGAAAGCGGAUCCUCGUCCACAUUCUACUACUCAUUUAAUGCAGGGGGGAUUCAUUUUAUAAUGAUUGGAGCCUACACUGAUUUUAGCAAAUCAGGGAAGCAAUACAAGUGGCUGGAGCAAGAUUUGGCUAAUGUGGACAGAUCCAUAACUCCAUGGCUGGUAGCUACUUGGCAUCCACCCUGGUAUAGUACCUAUGAGGCCCAUUAUAGAGAGGCAGAAUGUAUGAGGAUGGAAAUGGAAGAGCUACUGUACUCCUAUGGCGUCGAUAUAGUGUUUAGUGGACAUGUUCAUGCCUACGAGAGGUCGAAUCGAGUUUAUGAUUACAACUUAGAUCCCUGUGGUCCUGUAUAUCUCACCGUUGGUGAUGGGGGUAAUCGAGAGAAGAUGGCAGUUCAUCAUGCUGAUGAACCUGGUCAUUGCCCAGAGCCAUUAACUACUCCUGAUGAACACCUAGGUGCGGGUGCCUUUUGUGCAAUGAACUUUACCUCUGGCCCAGCGGCAGGUAAAUUUUGUUGGGAUCGGCAACCGGAUUACAGUGCUUUCAGAGAAAGCAGCUUUGGCCAUGGAAUCCUUGAGGUGAAGAAUGAGACUUGGGCUUUAUGGACAUGGUACCGGAACCAGGACUCAGACGAUAAAAUUGGAGAUCAAAUUUACAUAGUGAGGCAACCAGAUAAGUGCCGCUCCCGCUACAUGUUGACGAGUUGGAUUGCUGAGCUCUAAUUCUCACUGCUUCCCGCUGGGAAAUUUAUUCUUAACAUCUUAAAUCAGUUGACCAUUAUUAUCCAGAUAGGAAUAGGACGGAAGGUGCAGAAUGAGAGCAAGCAGGAGCAGAAGAAGAGCAACUCGGCAAAUGUUGUAUGUGAAUGGUAAAAUCUGAUUUAUACGUCUUCAUUGUAACUUGAAACAGUUUCUGAAGAUAUCCUCCCUCAAUCAAUUUAUACAACAAUAAAAGCGUGUAAAAUUGGUUUUUGGAGCAAUUUCGGAUACCAAUUCUAAACUAAUUGGCGUAUUGUUGUUGACAAA